UCAACGAAUAGCAACGCAUUAAUUACUCAACACCCCCAAUCUCCGAAAAUGGUGACAGAAGGUCUUGGGCUGGAAAUCACAGAGCUCCGACUUGGUCUUCCCGGCGGCGAGAACAAAAACGAGAAGAAGAGGGGAUUUUCCCACAUAGUGGGCGACGAGAAGAAUUCAGCCACCGGAGACGACCGGAAACAGGAGCGGAAGAGUCAGGUAGUCGGGUGGCCGCCGGUUUGUUCCUACAGAAGGAAGAGUGGGGCCGGAACGGCCAAAGCAUACGUUAAAGUGAGCAUGGACGGCGCUCCCUUCCUGAGGAAAAUUGAUCUCAGUUGUCACAAAGGGUACGGCGAUCUCGCCGGCGCUCUGGAGAAGCUCUUCGCGUGCGCAGGAGAUGAAUACCUUCCCAUUUAUGAAGACAAAGAUGGCGAUUGGAUGCUCGUGGGAGAUGUUCCAUGGGAGAUGUUUGCUGAAUCAUGCAAGAGACUGAGGAUGAAGAAGGGGGAAGAAGAGAAGGGAGGUGAAGGAGUGGUGCAAGCAAAGAUCUUUCUGGAGGGAGCCUCAAAUGAUGGAUGAACCUAAUUAUUAAAUAGAAUUAAUUAAUAUUGCUUUGUGGAAGUUAAUGAUGGAGGAUUAAUUGUAUCAGACAUCUAUGUUUUCUAUAGCUCAGUCGACCUUUGUUCUUGGUUAUUUGUUUGAUUCGUACGUAGGUACGUGUUGUUUGUUUCUGCUAUAUUAAUUAGAAGCAUUUGUAGCAUAUAAUUCCCCGUAUUCCCUAAUGUUAGUGAUUAAUUCGAGUUUUGUCACCACUAAUUUCCCAUGACAUUUUUAAUU